CCAGGUCUUUAAGUACUGUUUGCUGAAUUUACCAAAAUGACCAAAUUAGGCUUCCUCCGCUUGUCCUAUGAAAAGCAGGACACCCUCCUUAAGCUCCUCAUUCUUUCAAUGGCAGCUGUGCUAUCUUUCUCUACAAGACUCUUUUCUGUGCUGAGGUUUGAGAGUGUCAUUCAUGAAUUUGAUCCGUAUUUUAACUACCGCACAACUCGCUUCCUGGCAGAAGAGGGCUUCUACAAGUUUCACAACUGGUUUGAUGAUAGAGCAUGGUAUCCGUUGGGGAGGAUCAUUGGUGGAACUAUUUAUCCAGGUUUAAUGAUCACAUCAGCAGCGAUAUAUCAUGUUCUACACUUCUUCCACAUUACAAUUGACAUCAGAAAUGUGUGUGUAUUCCUGGCUCCCCUUUUCUCUUCCUUCACUACUAUUGUAACAUACCAUCUCACCAAAGAGCUCAAGGAUGCAGGGGCAGGUCUCCUGGCAGCUGCAAUGAUUGCUGUGGUGCCAGGGUACAUCUCUCGUUCUGUUGCUGGCUCCUAUGACAAUGAAG